AUGAAUUUUUAUCUCCAUUCUGACCUUGAUUCACAUAAAUGUACAAGACAUAAAUGUACUUAAAAUAUAGCUCUGUAUAUUUAAACAAAAUUGUUUUGUACAUAGAAUGUACAAUUAUAAUAUAUUUAUUAUAAUAUAUUUGUCUAUAUAAAAACAUGUCACAAUGAAUGCUAUAUUUACCAUUGAUUUUACUACAAAAAUGUACAAUGUUUAGUUUUAUGAUGAUAUAUGAUCUAAUAAUCUCGGAUAUUAAAAUAUACUUCAUAAAAUGUUUGAUUAUCAUUAAGUCAAUUGAAAGAGGUAUGAUUGUUCAAAUUUUAUAUUUUAUCUGAUAAAUUUUAUUGUAUGGAUUAAGAAAGACCUGAAGCCAGACAUCUCAUGACUUCAUCAUAUCAGUUUCCCUGACAUGAAUAUAUCCAAUGCUGUACAAUCUUGAUUAACAAUCUGGUACUUUUUAUAAUAGUUUUAUAAUCAUAUAUAAUAUAAAGUGAGAUUCUUAGUGAAAAUAUCUUAUUUCAGUUGUUAUAUUUGAAGAAUUAGGUGAGAAUAUUAGGAAAAUAUUAUGAAAAAGUAUUAUAUGAUGGUUAAUACUACCAAAUUAUUAAUGUUUUGUUCAUUAUGCAGGGAUGUUAUACAGGAAUAUAUAAAAAUUUGCUUUUCUUACAGUAAAUGGCAAAAUGACAGAUAUUGCACAAGUCUCAAAUAGAUGCUAUAAAGAAACUUAUAUCGUGCAUUUUCUUAUAAUAUUAUUCGGCAUAUCUGCUUGGAUUGGUAUCAAUGGGAUAUUUAUUCAAAUACCAGUGCUUGUCGCUACUUCUCCUGAAGGUUGGACAUUACCAGCUUAUCUAGUAUUAGCAAUACAAGCUGCAAAUUUUGGACCUUUACUUUAUGCAAUCUUGCAAUACUUUCAAUGUAAACUAAAUGAACCUUGGUUGAUACUAUGUUUAUUGGUAUCAGGAACUUUGGCAAUGGGACUUCUAAGCUUCUUUUAUUCAGAGAAAAUAAUUAUUGCUGGUGAUGAAUACUGUUUGGUACUAUAUGUUCUAACAUUUUUCAAUGCCCUAGUAGGUUGCUUUAGUUCUGUAUUAUUUAUGCCAUAUUUUCGAAAUUUUAAUGAAAGAUGUUUAACAUCCUACUUUAUAGGAGAAGGAUUAAGUGGUGUACUACCAAGUGUUAUUGCUUUAAUCCAGGGAAUUGGAGAUACUUUAGAAUGUGCAAUUCUUAAGAAUAAUAGUAACAUAGAAUCUCCACAUUCGUUUGAUCUAUAUUUUCCCCCAAAUGUGUAUUUUCUUUUCAUUUCUGUUAUUUUAUUUCUAUCUUUAACCGCUUUUGCUAUUUUAGAAUAUUUUUUGGAUGUUCAAAACACAAAACAAUUUCAUAAUACUAGCAGCAUAGUAUUAAAUGAGAAACAAGCAAAUGUUUCUCAUGAUCAUUAUCUUAAUGGCACACAAAAAGUGGACCAUUAUUUGAUAAAUAAUGACAGGCAUCUGACUAAACAAACACAAAAUUAUUUAUUUACAUUGCUUGGUAUUUUUUGCUUUUUGAGUAAUGGUUUCUUCCCUAGCAUACAAUCUUACUCUUGUUUACCUUAUGGAAGUAUAGCAUACAAAUUAUCAAUCACUUUUGCUCAAUUUGCAAAUCCGUUUGUGUGUUUAUUAGCAUUCUGGUUAAAGGUAUCGAAUGUAAAAGUUAUUAAUUUCUUAUCUGUAAUAUGUUUAAUCAUUGGAAGUUUCGUUACAUAUUUAGCAUUAAUGUCUCCAUCUCCACCAUUACAAGCAACAAAACUUGGCAUUUUUCUAGUUAUUAUAUCAUGGGUGAUUUUGAUAGGACUUACUUCAUAUUUAAAAUUAAUCAUUGUAUCAGUAUUUAGAACUACAGUAUUGCCCAAUAUACUCUUUAAAGCAGGUGUAAUUAUGCAAAUAGGAUCUGCAAGUGGUGCAAUAUUUUCAUUUAUAACAAUUAACUUUACAAAUUACUUUGAAAUGCAUGAUGAUUGUGCGUAAAUUGAAAAUUGAUAUUGUCAAUGUGAUAUCUUAUAUCUAUUUUCAUAUGCUGUAUAUACAGAAUGAUACUUAUUAUAAUAAUACAUUCAUUGAGACAUGUAUUUAAUUGAUUUAUGCAUAUAUAAAAGUGUAACAAUAAUUCUUUUUAUCAGUGUAACUUUGAACAAAGAAAACUAUAGAGCAUAUAAAUUUACAUUUAUAAAGAUAUUUUUAUAAUUGUACAUGUGCCUGCAUUUAUAAAUUAAAAGAUAUAGGCAAAUGAAUAAUACAAAGCAACUGUACAAAUGAAUCUUAAAAAAAUUAGAUAUAAAAAGUAUAUAAAUAA